AUGGCCGAACCCCUUCACGUCGGCAUCCUAACUUCAGGAGCCCAUCCAGUACAGACAAUUUACAUACCGGCCCUCAACGCCCUACCAAAACUCUACACCAUCGAGGCUGUAUACUCCUCCGACCCAGAGUCCUCAUCUUUAUUCCCAUCCCCAGGCCUAAAUGAAAUUCUUACGUCCCCUUCCAUAAACCUCAUCCUCAACUUCAUGCCAAAUGAGUACCAUGAACUCUACACAAUCGCCGCUCUCCAAGCAGGCAAGCAUGUCAUGGUCGAAACGCCUGUCAGCUUGAGUAUCCCCUCCGCAAGGCGCAUCCUCGACGCCGAGCGGGAAGCCCCGAAUGGGGCCCGGGUGUUUGUUGCGAGCGCCAGGCGAUACGCACCUUGCUUUGAGAACGUCUUCAAGGAGGAGGUUUCUGGGUUGGAAAGGAUUCACUAUGCGCGGUUAAGGAUGAUUGCCGGGCCACACGUGGCGCAUACAGCAACUAAUAACACUACCCCUACCAGCAACAACAACAACAAUAAUAAUAGCCUGCAAAAACCAGGAGCAAGCAGCAAAGAUAGAAUCGCUCGUCUCCGCAACCUAAUGGAGGAAAUCUUCGGUGAAGACGAACAACCGAACCAAGAGCGCGUUGCACUGAGCCGAUUCCUUGCCUCGCUGGGCUGUCACGAUCUCGGUCUCAUGCGAGAUACCCUAGGGUACCCGGAUGCGGUGUCGAAUAUCUCCGUCAACGAGCCGUUCUACUCCGCGCUAUUUCACUAUAACGGAGGCGUGAGCGAACUCCACCCCUUUACGUUGAUGUAUGAAGCCGGGACGGACGGCGUGCCGCGAUGCGAUGCGCAAUUGGCGAUAUAUGGACAGAACAAGACCGUAACGAUACACUAUGACCUGCCGUACGCACGAGGGCAGCCGGUGCGUGUCGUUGUUGAGAAGGCGGAUGGGCGCGGAGGGUUGAUGCAGACCGAGACGGUGAGUACGUGGGAGGAGGCAUACGAGCAGGAGUUGAGGGCGUUAUAUGCCUACUUGGUUGAGGGGAAGGAGGCAAAAACGACGGCGAAGGAUUCACUACAGGAUAUCAAGCUGUUCCAGACGAUAUUUGAACAGUAUAACCGGCAGUGUGGAACAAUCCGUACUCCACUUGGUUAA